AUGCCUCACGAACGCAUUAUUGAUUACUUUUACACCUGUGGAUUAAAUGAACAAAUGGGAUUGCAGUUGUGCAAUUUUAUCUUUUCUCUGAUGGUCCACACCUCUGCACUCACCGUAGAUCAGACACCUCCCAGUCGCGGGUUGCUGCCAUUGCAAAGGCCGUAUAAGUGUACCGUGCUGCAGCACUUUCCAGAUUAUGUUCUCAACUGCCCGUUUGACGCAGAAUCUACUAGCAUGGUGAGUUGCCGUGGAUUUUACAGAUAA